GACCCGAAUUGGCCUCCCCUCAACCCCCAGCCUGUCCCCUCGGCCCCGCCCGGUCCGCCGGCCACGUCUUCCUCUCUCUACCUUUGUGAAAUCAGAGCCUUCUAAGAAACCUGUCCUCCCAGCAGACCCAAACUCCCCUCUCAUAGAUCUUCUCUCUGACAGGCCCGGCUGAAACGGAGGAGGCAGAGCCGCCGGCCAGAUCAGUUGCCGGGCCACAGUCUGAUAAGGGUUUCUCCCCUGUCGCAGGGAGAUUGCGCAAUAAGCGCGAGGUGAUGCCAGAUUCAACCUCCCAGGCUUUCCCACUUAGACAGGGAACCGGUGGCCAGACCCAAUACUGGCCGUUUUCAGCAGCUGACAUUUACAAUUGGAAACAACACAACCCUUCUUUCUCCAAAGAUCUGGUGGCACUCACCGACCUAAUAGAAUCUGUUUUACUUACCCACCAGCCUACUUGGGAUGACUGCCAACAGCUCUUACAGGCCCUCUUAACCUCAGAAAAAAAAAAACAAAGAGUGUUCCUAGAGGCCAGAAAACAUGUUCUGGGAGAUGAUGGGCGUCCCACCCAGCUGCCUGAGGACCAAACUGGGAUUUUAAUACAGCUGAAGCUUCAGGACAACUCAGCGACCGGACGGCCUGGGUACAAAGAGCUACUGGUGAGAAACAAUACCGAUGGACUACGGACCGCCGGGUUCAGCUGGCUACUGGUAAGGUGACCCAUUCCUUCUUACAUGUUCCGGACUGCCCGUACCCUCUGCUGGGCCGUGACCUGCUCACCAAACUAAAUUCAUUUUGAGGAAGGAGGGGCCCAAAUAACUGGCCCCCACGGAACUCCCCUUUAAGUUCUAACCCUACAACUAGAGGAUGAAUAUAGACUAUAUGAACCGGGACAGGACAAGCCACAAUCCCUAGAAAUAGACACUUGGGUCACGAAUUUUCCACUGGCUUGGGCAGAGACUGGUGGGAUGGGGUUGGCACUCCAACAGCCCCCCUUAAUUACACAGUUAAAGGCCACUACAACUCCAGUCUCCAUAAAACAAUACCCCCUGUCACAUGAAGCUUAUCAAGGUAUAAGGCCUCACAUUAGGAGGCUUCUAGAUCAAGGCAUCCUAAUCCCCUGCCGGUCGCCUUGGAAUACGCCUCUUCUGCCUGUUAAGAAACCCGACACUGGAGAUUAUAGGCCAGUACAAGACUUGAGAAAGGUCAACAAGAGGAUAGAAGAUAUUCAUCCGACUGUUCCAAACCCUUACAAUUUGCUCAGUAACUGUUCAUCGAUGAGAAACAGGGGUAUGCUAAAGGGGUCCUAACACAAAGGUUGGGACCCUGAAAACGCCCUGUGGCCUACCUGUCUAAGAAAUUGGACCCUGUGGCCUCCGGCUGGCCACCGUGCCUAAGGAUGGUGGCUGCUAUUGCUGUCCUGAUCAAGGACACUGGAAAAUUGACUUUGGGACAGCCACUCACCAUCCUAACACCCCACGCAGUGGAGGCCUUGAUAAAGCAGCCCCCAGACCGCUGGCUCUCUAAUUCUCGCACCAAGCCUUGUUACUGGAUACAGAACGGGUUCAGUUUGGGCCCGUAGUCGCUCUCAAUCCUGCCACCUUGCUUCCUCUACCAGAGGAGGCAAAACAGCAUGACUGCCUACAAAUCCUCGCAGAAGUACAUGGAACCAGGCCGGACCUAUCGGACCAGCCUCUUCAGAAUGCUGACCACACAUGGUACACGGAUGACAACAGCUUCUUGGCAGAGGGAGAGUAAAAGGCUGGAGCUGCGGUCACUACGGAGGACAAAGUGAUUUGGGCGAAAGCCCUGCCUGCUGGUACCUCCGCACAACGGGCUGAACUCAUCGCCUUGACUCAGGCGCUCAAGAUGACAAAAGGUAAGAGGCUAAAUAUAUAUACAGACAGCCGUUAUGCCUUUGCCACGGUACACAUCCACGGGGAGAUCUACCGGAGGCGGGGGCUGCUCACAUCUGAGGGUAAAGAUAUUAAAAAUAAGGCUAAAAUUCUGGCCCUCUUAGAAGCUCUAUUCUUGCCCAAAAGACUGAGUAUUAUGUAUUGUCCAGGACACCAGAAAGGGCACAACCCAGAGGCACGAGGAAACCGGCUGGCCGAUGCCACGGCGAGAGAAGCGGCCAUGAGCAAACAAAUCUUGCCCUUAAAUAGCCCAGACCAACCCACGCCCCCACCAGUGGGACAAACCAGUUGGGUUUAUGCCCAUGAGGACAUAGAGCUCCUAGAAAAAAUGGGGGCCAUCUACCACCCUCAACUAAAACAGUGGGUCUACAAAGGACUUUUGAAUUGAUCUCCUUUUUACAUAAAUUAACCCAUUUGGGGUUUAAGAAGAUGAAAACCUUACUAGAUCGGGAAGAGAUAAAUCUGUGUUUUUUUUUUAAUUGGGACAAAGUGAUACAAAAGGUGACUGAGAGUUACAAAGCGUGCGCUCAGGUUAACCUGGGAAGGACCAUGAUUAGACAAGGAGUUCGUCCUAGGGGACACCGUCCCGACAUCCAUUGGGAAAUUGAUUUUACUGAAAUUAAACCAGGUAUAUAUAGAUACAAGUAUCUCCUAGUGUUUAUAGACACCUUCUCAGGAUGGGUCGAAGCCUUCCCCACAAAGCACGAGACUACAAAAAUGGUCACCAAGAAGCUCCUCGAAGAAAUCUUUCCCAGGUAUGACAUGCCUCAAGCGUUGGGGUCGGACAACGGGCCCGCUUUCGUCUCCCAAGUAAGUCAGUUGGUGGCCAAAUUGCUGGGGAUUGAUUGGAAAUUACAUUGUGCCUAUAGACCCCAGAGUUCAGGUCAGGUAGAACACAUGAAUAGAACAAUUAAGGAGACUUUAUCCAAACUUACGCUUGCAACUGGCUCAAAGGAUUGGGUGGCCCUCCUUCCCCUAGUUCUAUAUCGGGCCCGGAAUACCCCGGGCCCCCAUGGUCUAACUCCUUUUAAAAUAAUGUAUAGAGCACCACCCCCAUUUGUCCAUUUCUUUGAUUCAAACAUUGCUGAUUUUGCUGACAGCCCUUCUCUGAGGGCCCAUUUACAGGCCCUACAGAUUGUGCAGAGAGACGUCUGGAGACCUUUGGCCGCUGCUUACCAGGACAAGCUUGAACAUCCGGUGGUGCCACACCCGUUCCAGAUUGGAGACACCGUGUGGGUGCGCAGACACCAGACCAAGAAUCUCGAGCCACGGUGGAAAGGACCCUACACCGUCCUCCUGACUACCCCGACCGCCCUAAAGGUAGACGGAGUCUCGGCUUAGAUCCACGCACCACACGUCAAGACAGUCCGGUCUGAGGAAUUGACUAAUCACAACACUACACCCCAGACAUGGAGAGUUCAGCACACUCCAAACCCCUUAAAGUUAAAACUCCUACGUGGCUCCUCCUAGUCCUUUUGUGGCCUAGAGUCAGUGGGGGAAUAAGCCCCCACCAGACAGAAAUUUCUUGACCAAGUCGAGUGAAAGAUUUCACUCAAAGUUAACAAAAAAAAAAUGGGGGAAUGAAAGACCCCAGCUUAGCAGCAGUAACGCCAUUUUGCAAGGCUAUAUUUAAGAUGACUGGUUCAGAGAAAGGUUAGAACACUGAGUACACAGCGGCUGCCAAACAAGAUGUGUUUGGUUGAAGGCCUGGCAACAGGAGGACUGCCGUUGAGCACCUGACAAUGAGAAAAGCCCCAGGAGAGGUCCCACACCCUGGUGGGGGGCCGAGUCAGCCGUUAUGUUCCAAGAAGGUAGCUAAGAAACUUGCCCCCAGGCUGAACUCUUGGGGGGCCGAGUCAGCCGUUAUGUUUCAGGAAGGUAGCUAAGAAACUUGCCCCCGGGCUGAACCCUUGGGGGGCCGAGUCAGCCGUUAUGUUUCUGGAAGGUAGCUAGGAAACUUGCCCCCGGGCUAAACCCUUGCCAUAUUAAAAUCCACCAAUUAUAUCCCUGUAACCAUGCAUCUGCUUCUGUAUGCUUGCUUCUGCUCCCCAAAAUCCUAUAAAAGCCCAUCCUUGGUUCCGUGGGGCGCGCCAGUCCCCCGAGUGACUGAAGCACCCGCAGGUGCCUGUGCCUGUGUAUCCCGACAAUAAACCAAAUCCUCUUGCUGAUUGCAU